CGGAUGUUGUCCGAGAACUUGGUGAAGUGCACCGAGGAAUGGGGCGGGUCGCCGACUGCACCAACUGCCGAAGCAAUUGUAUGCGCGGGGGAGAAGGAUGGCAAAAUCUUUAACGCAAAUGGCGAAUACACGAAAGAUGUAACCGUGCGGGCAUUGGAGGAUUUUAUUUCCGACACAGACAAAUUAGAAAAAGCGCGAGAGAUGUACGUCUACUGCCACGAUAAGGCGGUUCAUAGUGGAUCCACCGGCCGAGAGCAGACGUUGAAGAUUGCCAAGUGUUCUUUGGCAAUUUUGCCUUUAUUAGACGCACCACAAUAA